AAUAACCCCCUCCAACUUCGUGGCGGGAGAUAAUAAAAUAGAGUGGUGUAACUGGUUAUUCUGAAAUACAGACAGAAUUACUGCGACUGUAAUUGGUGAUGUUUGUGUUAUAUGUUAGUGUGAGCAAGCUUGUCAAACUAUACACUGCCAUUUAACUUGUCUGUGAAGAGCUGUUGACAACCAUGACGUAGACACACUUCACGACAUCUGGGGCAACACCUUAACCCGUACCUGAGAUAGAUAAAGACUGUGCAACUGAUGCUAGCCUGUCUCGGUGCCCGUGUUUGUGUUCAUUGGUGAAGGGAGCUCUACACCACAUGGAGAGUUAAAAUAUCCUUGCAAAUGAAAAACCAUAUCUGCUCCUUAGAUAACCACAUGGUCGUUUCUCGUGUAUACAUCCUAUCAUUAAAAUCUUCAAGAGCUUGUGAAUCGUCGGUUAAAUUACGUGACGGCGAGUGAAGAAAACAUUACUGUGUAACAAUUCUUCCAUGUUCUGCCCUGUCUGAUAACGGCUGUGGGAACGGCGUAUUUUUCUCUUCGUCCAUUAAGCGAGGUGCGGAUCUCAUAACUACCACCAGCACCUGUCCUGUAGCAGAUUCAGAGUUGUGAAGUAGACGUUUGGAUCCCAUCUACAGCCCCAUGAUGUGUGAGUGUCGGGUAUUGUGCUUGCUGAUGGCGCUGAUGGUCGCCCUGGAGUCAUCAUCAGCACUGAUUUCACCCAAAGACGACGUGAACCCCAUUUGUCUGACGACGACGCAGACGUUGAUCGCCCACCCCACUAAAUGUGCCCAGUACUACAACUGCAGCGCCCCCGCCGCUAAACGGACCUGGGGGAGGAACCUACAGGAAUGUCAACCCCCACAACUGUACAACCCCGACACCCAGCGAUGUGAGCACUGCAGUAUGGUCACGUGUGGCAACAGAACAGAACCCCUCGGGAAAUGUGACUAUGCCAGGUAUGCAUGUCUUGGGGGAAAGGACUGCGGGCAGCCCUGUUACAUCCACAACCCGUCCUGCAGGGGCCGCCCUGACGGCCUCAACGCCUACCCAAAUCGCCCCGGCUCUGGGUCCUACACUGUGUGCGUGAAUCAGAGGCUGGUCUACACCGGGGUGUGUGGCAAUUCUAAGGUCUUUGACGCUACACUGCGCGCCUGCAAAUGUUAGUAAAUAUAUGUUGUUUUAAAAAUGAAACUGGAAAUUAAAGAGUUUAUCAACGA